ACGAAGAAGAAGAAGUUUUCCUGUUGUGUAUUCCCGAGGGCGCAUGCAUAGUGGACAUCAGAGCAACUUAUUUCUGCGAGGAGGUAUUUCUCGCUCGCAACACCCGCUCAAAUGUUGUAAACACGGAGGCAGCAGCAGCAGCGGCGAAGGACGCCCCGGCAGCCCCUGGAGCCCUGAGGGAGUAGCAGCCCUCCUCCAGACCCUCACAGCCACAAAAAUAAACACACUGCCGGGGCUACAGAGGCGUGCCCCCGUGGCCUGCCCAGCCCCAAACAUUGAAGAGGAGGACGCCAGGUUCCAUCUGAGGAUACGAGGUUAGUAAGUGAGAAACCAAAUGUUUUGGAUGAGCAAGAAUACAUAGGCUUGAACAGAAACUCCAAAGGUGCAGCCCACUCGUCAUAACACAGCUGUCCACGCUUCACCCCUCACCUUGCAAAUGGCAGCGCAUGAAGGUGGUACGAUGAUGCUGAGUCAGCUCGUUCAGGAGGUGCGGGAGUUGUUCGUAGGCAAGAGCCAGGAAACGACACCCCUCACUUGCAAUGCCAUGUCCCCAAGAGUCAUCCUUAUCCGCCUGACACAAGAAUUCAUUGAGAAGUACACCAUGGUUGGAGUUGUGAAAAGUGAACCUCUGAGUGACGACGAUGACUGGGACAUGAACAUUUUGGAGCCUUUGGUGGAAAUAUCUGACAAACCAAAAGACAAUUCAAAGAAGAGGAAACGAAAAGAGAAUGUUGUGGAGCAAAGGAAGAAGGGAAAACAACCAAACUCAGCCAAAGUGAAUGACAAACACGUUGAUGUGGUAAGCCAAAGUGAGUUUAUCAAUGUUUCUGUAAAACAAGAACCCACAGUACCUGUGCCAAUGGAAGAAGUGACCCAUAACGUCCCAAUGGCCACUAUCCCUGUGGCUAACACCAGUGCACCUUCUGUACCAGUGUAUGUGUAUGUGCCUCAGCCCCAGCCAGUGGUUCUACAACACCCUGUAGGGUACUCGGUCCAAAGCACAAGCAAUGUAGUAUUGAACCAACCACAGAACACGAACGGUCCCAGUACAUCAGUCAAUACUGACAACAUGCAUGUUCAAAUGGAUCUGGAUACCAACAUCAAGCAAGAAGAGAUGGAGAACGUCUUUGUGAUGCCUUUUGUACCAGACAUUGAAACUAAUACUAGACUGCAAUCCAGAAACCCAGCUUCUGAGCCAGACAUAAUUUUGUGUGAUUCACCAGAAGAGACAACGAGGAAAAAUCGAACUGCUGCCAUCGCUGAGAACAUUGGUGUGACGGGUCCCUCUGGUGCUCACAAAAAACUGAGAGACUUAACCUUCAAGUUAGUGGAGUUGAACAACAAAAACCUGCAGUGUGAUACCAAAAUUGACAAAAUUAAGGAAGAAUUCAGAAAAAGAUUGCAGAUUGUAGAAGUGGAAAAGAGAGGAAUAGAGCAAGAAAUUGACAAUGUUCUUGCUUCCAUUCAGGACUGGAAGGAACAUCAGAGUGAGAGGAUACAUAAAUAAGUGAGAUUUUGACAAGGUUCUUACUUGUACUGAACAUUUGAAGGGAGGUAGGGAAAGAUGGUAUAAGUCACAGUGAUCUCAAUGCCUCUACUGAAGGGUCAGUCAUUCUCACCAGGCCACUUGCUUCACUGCCAAACAUUCAUACAAGGACUGCACCAGCCAAAAGUUCAUCCUGGGUAGUCAAAGUGUGUUUUCUUUUUGUUAAUUGACACCCAGUUUUUAUUAUAGCAUUUGGAUUCUUACCCCAGCCAGCUGCCCUGAUGAGUGAUGCCAGUGAUGAAAGUAAAACACACUGUGUCGCUUUACAAAGUUAGGUGGCAUAAAAAAUGCAAGGUGAGCAAUGAAUAAAAAUUGAUGAAAUGGG